CUUAAAAACAAUGAUACUAAAGAAUCUUUUCUUCAUGCUAUAGUAUCAACACAAAAAGAUAAAUGUAAAAAAGGAGCAAAUAAAACACAGAAAGAAUAUCAACUAUUACCAAGUGGUGAUGCUGAAGAUACUUUUGACGAUACUGGGGAAUAUAUGGAUAACAAAAUUUCAAAUCAGAAUGAAGUUGUAAACUAUUAUUUAAUUAUAGCUGCAUCAUUGUUGGACAUUACCGCUAAUUUUGCGUUAACGAUAGGCUUUUUCUAUGUUGGAAGUGGGAUGUUUCAAGUAAUUUACAGUUCAGUAGUCAUUUGGUGUGCUAUUCUUUCGUUUAUUUUUCUUGGACGAAAACUUUUAUUUGUACAAUCUCUAUGCAUUUUUGGUGUAUUCAUCGGACUUGCUCUUAGCGCACUGGGAAUUUAUCAAGAUCAGGGUGAUCAGCAUUCAACACCACCACCCGCAACUGCUACUGGUCCAACGUUACUUCACUCUUUUAACAUGUCUUCUACAAUGUUUGGAAUGAUCUUAACAUCAUUUGCUACAUUUGGUUAUGCAUGUGUUUACGUUGUAUCAGAUCAAAUUUUUAUUGUUCGUGCUUCAAAUGAACUUCCGCCUUCUCCAGAAAAAGCUUGCUUCUUGGUAGGAAGCUGUUGUUCAUGUUUGUCUAUCUUAUAUAUAAUCUUUUAUACAAUUCCCAAUUGGAACUCACUGGUAACGGAUGAAAUUGCGAAGAAAGCCGAGCAUACGAGCACUUUCACAAUUGUAACCAUAUAUUUGAUGUUAAUAUUUGCAUCAUUUAUUCACAACCUUGCUUAUUAUCAGCUGAUUAAACAAAUUGGCAAUGUCUCUACUGGAUUGUUAAAUUCUAUUAGAGCGAUCGUGGUAUUUGGGCUUAGUCAUAUAAUGUUUUGUGAAAUAGAUAAUGGUCAAUGCUUCAAUGUUUGGAAAGGAUGGAGUACUCUCAUAGUAGUUGGAUGUGUGACCAUUUUUUCUCUUAGCAAAUUACACGAAAAUAAGAAAAUAAGAGUUUGA